GCAACCCAUUUCCUCCCAGAAGAAGUGAAGGUAGAAGAUAUUUGCGAUUUCUAACGCGAUUCUGUAUAUGUGAUAUUUCUGUAUAGAAAUAUUACAUAUACAAAAUGACGAACGUCAGUGCUGGGUAAUGGAUUACAGACAUGAUGUGAAGAAAUGGCUCCUUUUCCUGCUGCUCAGCGCCGGAACGGCGUCCCACUCCCUCCAAUACGUCAUCACUGAAACCACACCAGGAAGAGAUUUCCCAGAAUACACUGCGGUUGGUCUGGUGGAUGGGGAGCAGUUUGUGUACUAUGACAGCAACAUCAAGAAGAUGAUUCCAAAGACGGAGUGGAUGAAGAAGAAUGUGGGUGAAGAUUACUGGACCACAGAGACACAGAAGCAGGAACGAGCUCAAGAGAUCUUCAAGGCUAAUUUAGUUAUUUUAAUGAAGAGGUUUAAUCAGACAGACGAGGUUCAUAUAUUACAGAGGAAGUCUGGCUGUGAGCUGCAUGACAAUCACACUAUUAGAGGAUAUUUCCAGUUCAGUUAUGAUGGAGAAGACUUCCUCAUUCUGGAUCUGAACACUUCAACCUGGACUGCAGUUCAUCAGAAUGCAGUUAGUACCAAACAGAAGUGGGAGGCCGCUGGGGAUCCAAAUUUCAGGAAGCACUAUCUGGACAACGACUGUGUCGACUAUUUAAGGAAGUAUGUGGAUUACAGCAGAUCCACUCUGAAGAGGAAAGUCUCUCCUGAGGUAUCUCUGUUCCAGAAGGACUCUUCUUCUCCAGUGGUGUGUCAUGCUACAGGUUUCUUCCCCAAAGCAGUGAUGAUCUCCUGGCAGAAGAAUGGAGAGGAUCUGCAUGAGGACGUGGAGCUCAGAGAGACGCUACCCAACCAGGAUGGAACCUUCCAGAGGAGGAGCGUUCUGACUGUCUCACCUGAGGAGCUGAACAAACACAACUACACCUGCAUCAUUCAGCACAGCAGCCUGGAGGAGGAGAUGGUGCUGCAUGUGUCUGAUCUCAGAGUUCUGUCAGGAGGUGGAGAGUUAUCAUCAUUUGUGCGCAUGUGGCUGUUCUGCUCCUCAUUCUCUGUGCUGGAGUUCUCAGUUGGAUAAAGAACUUCUGAGGGAGCCUUAUCAUCCAACAGCUUCGAAAUUCGAAGAGUCUUCAUGUUGAUUUGACGGAGUCUUGUUUAAGUGAUGAUAUGGAAACUCUGUGUUGUGUUUUUGUUGUGAGGAUUUUAUUCUCAUAACUGUAAUAAUAUAGAGUUUAGUAUUGGUUAGGCAGCCACUGUUUCUCUCUCCUCUCCUCACCUCCUCAUACGAGACAAGAGUCAAAAGGGCCGCAACAAAGCUUAUAACAAAAUAACAUGACAUGCAAUGAUUAUAAUUCAAAAACAACAGCUGAUUAAUGAUAAUAAUAACUUGGCUUUGUUUAUACAGGCAAGGCAGGCGCCAUACAGUAAUGACAUGACUCUACUGCACUCUGCUGCGUUACCAUAACCAUAGUAUUUAAUAGAAUAUGUCAAGCUUUAACUUUAUUCAUUUUUCUAUAUAUUUCUAUAUUGUAUAUAGAUUUUUAACCCACAAAAGUAUUAACAUUAUUUCUUUUCUCUGUCUCUUUUUUCUGGUUUACACUCUAAAUUCCUUUACAGUUUCAUUAAGGGGCAUCUAGCUGUUCAGUCUAGCAGCUUUUCUGUACCUUGUAUAAAACACAGCUGUAUAAAUUCAGUACUUUUGCACUUUCAACUUUUUUUCUACAUUUUUUGCUGCCUAGUGACGCCCCUGUCAGCUGUAAGUAUAGUUUGCCUGAUUUGCACAUUCCUUGUAUGGAGCUAUAAAUGUUGUAUCCGCUGUUGUAUUAGUGGGGAGAGACCUGUUGUACUGUCUAAUUCUCUUUCUCUCUCCACCAUCUCUCCUUAUAUUUAACUCACACAUUUCGUUUCAUAGAAUAUUGUGCAGAAUAUUUUGUAUUGCAACAGUUUGUGCUUUUACAUCUAACACAAGACAAAACUUCACUCAGAAUUUUAAAAAGCUGUCUAAAACAUUCUAUAUUAAUGUCAACAACAAAACGUAGCCCAAAGUAGGCCAGAGACCAGAUAAGCUAAAACUCAUCAUAUGCUGUCUAAAACAUUCUAUAUUAAUGUUAACAACAAAACGUAGCCCAAAGUAGGCCAGAGACCAGAUAAGCUAAAACUCAUCAUACGCUGUCUAAAACAUUCUAUAUUAAUGUCAACAACAAAACGUAGCCUAAAGUAGGCCAGAGACCAGAUAAGCUAAAACUCAUCAUACGCUGUCUAAAACAUUCUAUAUUAAUGUCAACAACAAAACGUAGCCUAAAGUAGGCCAGAGACCAGAUAAGCUAAAACUCAUCAUAUGCUGUCUAAAAUGUCCUAUUUCAAUGUCAACAACAAAAUGUAGCCUAAAUAAAUGUUGUUUAUUUGAUUUUUUUAAAUAAUUUGUAUAUACAGUAGUUAGUGGCCAUUCAUUCAAAUAAUAAUAAUAAUAACAAUAAUAAUAUGAUAAUAAUAACUAUUAUUGUUAUUAGUUAUAACAUUCUUAUACUUCUGUUUACUUCUGUGAAUAUUUGUGGCCCAAGGCAGUUAGAGACCCCUGAGCACUGGCCCUAUUGUCCUGCUCUGUGAUCCAUCUCUGCUCUUUGUUGAUGUUAUUUGUAAUGGUUCUUUAUUAGUACAGUUUCUGU